AUGUUGUCUGCACAGGGAACUGGUGCAUUGGCUCUUUUCCACAGUGUCAUACUAGUGACUGCACUGAUAGACUCUGAUGAUGUCAUCACACGAGAUGAGCAGAUCUAUGUUUUGAUUGGUGCUCACGCCAAGUGUGAGAGGAGUAUCCAGGCACAUAUGUCCUUGGUUAAAGAAGGUGACUGUAUCCCAGAGUGGGACGGGAUCAUCUGCUGGCCACGGAGCAGAGCGGGGCAGCUGGUGUCAGUGCUGUGUCCAGAGUACAUCUACGACUUCAAUCACAGAGGGCGAGCCUACCGCCAGUGUGACACGUCAGGGAGCUGGGAGCAGGUGCCCAGUAUCAACCGCACUUGGGCUAACUACACCGAGUGCACCACAUACUUGACCUCCAACCACAGGAGCCAAGAGGAGAAGGUGUUUGAGAGACUUCACCUCAUGUACACUGUUGGCUACUCCAUUUCUCUAGCAUCACUUCUGGUGGCAGUCUCCAUCCUCUGCUAUUUCAAGCGUCUCCAUUGCACACGCAAUUACAUCCACAUUCACCUCUUCACCUCCUUCAUAUGUCGAGCAGUCAGCAUUUUUGUGAAGGAUGCUGUGCUCCACUCCAUGUCUGAAGAUAGAGAGGUCGAGUUUGAGUUCACUGCACAGAAGUCCCAUAUGGCUGGCUGUAAAGUUGCUGUUACUCUCUUCCUCUAUUUCCUGGCAACCAAUCAUUACUGGAUCCUGGUGGAGGGGUUGUACCUACACAGCCUCAUUUUCAUGGCCUUCCUUUCUGACAAGAACUACCUGUGGGCCCUCACCAUCAUCGGUUGGGGCGCUCCAUCUGUGUUUGUGUCUGUUUGGGUCAGUGCUCGAGCAUCGCUGGCAGACACACAAUGUUGGGACAUCAGUGCAGGAAACCUGAAGUGGAUCUAUCAAGUUCCCAUUCUAGCAGCCAUUGUUGUGAAUUUCCUCCUCUUCGUCAACAUAAUACGUGUACUGGCUUCUAAACUGUGGGAAACAAACACUGGUAAAUUGGAUCCUCGAAAGCAAUAUCGGAAGCUGCUCAAGUCCACAUUAGUCCUCAUGCCCUUGUUUGGAGUUCACUACAUGGUGUUCAUGGCUCUUCCCUACACUGAUGUCACCGGGCUGCUGUGGCAGGUGCAAAUGCAUUAUGAGAUGUUCUUCAAUUCAUCCCAGGGCUUUUUUGUGGCAUUUAUCUACUGUUUCUGCAAUGGAGAGGUGCAGGCAGAGGUAAAGAAGGCGUGGUUAAGACGCAGCCUCGCGCUGGACAUCAAACAGAAAGCCAGGAUGACCAGCAGCGGAGGCAGCUGUUACUACGGCGGCAUGAUGUCACACACCACUACCCACAGCGUCAGCUUGUCUGCUGCCAAUCCCAGAGCUCUUUCCUUCACUGGAGCCGUUGUAGGCUCUGGUGGCGCUGCCGUUGGAGGGUCAGGGGUCAGGCCGCCACGCCACGGCUCUUUCCACCCGCACAUCAGCCUGCCUGGUUACAUGCCUGGUGAUACUGACACCUCGGGCCCCAGACAGGAGCUGGGUGUCAGGAAACCAGGGAUGACAGAGUCUGGAGUUUUUGCUAGGCAUGCCAGAGCCAGCAAGGGAAAUCAUGACACCAACGCAGCGUCUUCAGCCCAAACAACUGGAGCAGAAAAUCAAGACAGCUGCUUAUCUCCGAAAGAGCUGGAGACCGUGUUGUGA